GCGGUAAGCUGAUUGACUGUCGUGGUUUUGCUCUGCAACGGGUGAAGUUUGGUUCCGCGGCGAGAAUCAUCCGCGACGUAACGAUGUGCGUCUUCGCGAAGGUUGCUGCGAAUGCGUGACACACAUUGGCCUCAAUUGGCAGUCAUUUCUACAGUAGGUGGACUCAGGAUUUGGAUUUCUGACUGUCAAAUAUGCUUUCCCAGUGCCUCCAUUGACACGAGAGAAAGGAAGGGCAAGAGGACCGGACGAGUAGGACUGUGGGUACCUACCAAAAAAGGCUGGCAUACCGCAUGCUCCGGGGUCCACGUUUUGCGUGAAAAAGUGGGUAAAAUUACAAUUGAUUGCUCACGCAAGUGUCGGCGUCUCUAUGGACUAAGAAUGUCUCCUGGAGCUGCCAUUAUCUGCUCAUUACUCACAAUUUUUCUGCCACCCUCUGUCGUGUGGACGUGUUGAAUUCUGCCACUCGUCGCCGAGAGGUUCGUGGGUUUUUGAUGGUUUCAGUUCCUGCUGUUUUCGCCCGGAGUCUCAAUUGAGAGCUGGUUUGUGAACAAGCUCUGCCGCGUCGAACUUGAAGAAUGUCCAUGUUUCUGAGUCCGAAGGCUUUCAAGGAUCCCAUUCUUCGAUUGAUCGGCGCAUGACGUAGAGUUACUCGGUUUGGAACGCUACUCGUAGUCUCGGGGAAGAUAGUUUGAGAAAUUUCCAACGUUGACGAGAAGGUCAGUGUUGUUGAGCAGAGCGCGUGAAGGUUUUCGUUUGGAGUUUGAUUAGGAUCGCGCUCUUACGCUACUCGCUUCAAUUGCCGCGUCUGAAUACGGUUGUUUCUCUAAGAAUUCUGUUUUUCCCGGUGAGAACAAUCAAGCAUGACGACUUUCGAGGGCGAGGAGAAAGCCCUGACGCAGGACGUGGAUUUGAAAGAAGAUAUCCUGAAAGAGGAGAUGACAGUGGAGGAUGGAUUGUCCAUAGGGAAAAUGGAACACGGAUGUAAGCAUUACAGGAGGAGAUGCCGAAUCCGAGCUCCAUGCUGUAAUGAGGUCUUUGAUUGCCGUCAUUGCCACAAUGAAGCAAAGAACGUUAAUGAGGUUGACGAAAAAAAAUGCCAUGAUGUUCCAAGGCAUCAUGUACAAAAGGUCAUUUGCUCGCUUUGCGAUUGUGAGCAGGAUGUGAAGCAGGUGUGCGAGAACUGUGGUGUGUGCAUGGGUGCUUACUACUGUGACAAGUGCAAGUUUUUUGAUGACGAGACAAAGAAAGAACAGUAUCACUGUGAUAAAUGUGGCAUAUGCAGAAUUGGUGGCCGCGAGAAUUUUUUUCAUUGCGACCGCUGUGGCUCGUGUUACAAAAACUCGCUUCGGAAUGGGCAUCCUUGUAUUGAGAAUGCCAUGCAUCAGAAUUGUCCUGUUUGUGUGGAGUACUUGUUCGAUUCCUUGAUGGAUAUCGCCGUAUUGCCAUGUGGGCACACUAUGCAUCAAUUUUGCCUGAAGCAGAUGAAUCAACACUUCCAAUUCAGCUGUCCCAUAUGUUCAAAAUCAACCACAGACAUGUCAAGAUUUUGGGCUCGACUGGAUCUGGAAGUAUCUUUAACUCUCAUGCCUGAAGAAUACCGCGAUAAAAAGGUGUGGAUACUGUGCAACGACUGCGGGAGAACCAGUGAUGUACAUUACCACGUGUUAGGACACAAAUGCGCAGGAUGUGGAUCCUACAACACACGGUCGACGCCUCCACCCUCCACAUCCAGAUGACAUGGGUAGCUCGCCCAUACAUCGGAGCGGAAGUGUCAGCAAAGUAGAUCAAGGCAUCCGCCCCACUUGUGCAUUAGUAGGAUUCCAUUUGCCAGUCUUCGGAGAAUUCGUUAGCAGCAGCAGUAGAACCAGCAACCGAAGGUAGCAACGAUUAUUGUUUCAUCUCUUGGUGGUAGAAUUCUGGUCAUGGUACAGUGCAGUGAAGAAGUCGAAACUGGACGACUCGGAAGAGUCCAUUUAUUUAGCCUUGGAGACGAAUGGAUUAGAUCGGGAAAGAGAUGCAGACCAAUGGAUAUUUAAAUAUAUAUAAUACACUCACACGUGCAUCAGAAUGGGCACAUGUGCAUGGAAUUUGCACUGUGCUCGAGAGAACUUUGUGGACCUGUGUUUCAAUCUGUACCCAGUUCUUAUGUACAAUGUAGAAAUUUAAAAUAAUAAUAAUAUCUUAAUUUCUUUCUUUC